AAAUCAAAACUGUCGCGCACUCGAUACGGACGCACCGUCUCCGGCAACGCACUCGGCUCCGGGUUAGUUUAGCUGAGAAGGAAACGAAACUUUGAGUGCUGCUCAAAAACGUUUGUCAAGUGUUAUCCAAAGUGUUUAAGUCGGGCUUAAAACAGUUCAAAAUACACAGAUAUGCACUGUACUAAAUAUUAAACAAUAUUCAAGAAACAAAAGAUCAUUAAAAUAAUAUCAAAGUUCGAUGAUUAAGUGGUGAAGAGCUUAACAUUACUGCAAAGUGUUAAAAACAAACUGAGCUUAUUAAAGAUUGUUAUUCUCGGGAUUACAAAUCAAAUUUACUUGCUAUACGAAAGCAACAUAUACGGUGACGGUCAGUGCAUUGCACCAUAAUUCCCGGACCCAUCGACGACAGCAGACAGACAAUCGGGCCACUCACCUGACCACCCCAACCAAACGCAGCCAUGUCGAGCAUCUCGGCGUUGCUGCAUCGCAGUCACAGUCACAGCCAUAAUUGCAACGGCUACACGAGCAGCGGCAGUGGGAGCAGCAGUCACAGUCAUCACAGCAGCAGCAGCUUCUCACCGCCGACGACAAUCGGGGCAGCCACAACACCGCCGCCGCCACCGCCUCCAGUGGUUCCCAAGCAGCAACAACAACAGCAGCAACAACAAGAGCAGCAACAGCAACAACAACAGCAGCAACAGCAACAGCACAACAGCUCCAACAAUUCGAAUGGAAGUUCGCAUCAUGACCACAUUAAGCGACCAAUGAAUGCGUUCAUGGUUUGGUCCAGGGGUCAGAGACGCAAAAUGGCGCAGGACAAUCCCAAAAUGCACAAUUCAGAGAUAUCGAAGCGUUUGGGUGCCGAAUGGAAAUUACUCACCGAAUCACAGAAGCGUCCAUUCAUUGAUGAGGCCAAGCGAUUGCGCGCGCUGCACAUGAAAGAGCACCCCGAUUACAAAUAUCGGCCGCGUCGCAAACCCAAGACACUGAACAAGUCACCCGUGCCGGGUGGAGGCGGAGGAGGUGGCGGAGCUUCCAGCACUAGCAGUGGACUCUCUUCCGCCGGUCAGCUGAGCAAGGAACAUGCGCAGGCCCAGCACUCACCGCAUGCGCCAGGCUUAACCCAUCAUCACCAUCAUCCGCAUCAUCCACAUCCCGCCCACGCUGCCCACGCCCAUGCGCAUCAUCAUCAUCAUCAUGCGCAGCUGAGCGCUGUGGCAGCUGCCGCUGCAGCCGCUGCCGCCGUCUCGCAUUCCCAUUCACACUCACCCACCUCGCUGGCGGUCAAGUAUGGGUUUGGAUCACCGCUGGAGCUGUCGCUUCCACGGGUACCUGGCGGGUUUCCCGGGCUGGCGCAUUAUCCGCUGGAUCCAACACUGGCGCUCGAUCUGCAGGCGCGUCUGCAGGCCAUGUAUGCAGGUAGCAUCUAUCAUCCAUGGCGCUACUUGCCGCUGAUCAGUCCCGACACUCCGCCAUCACCGCCCAGCAGCAGCGGCACAACCAUCUCAUCUUAUGGCUGUGUCAAAUCGGCCAAAUCCUCGCCGGUGGCUGUGGUGCCAGCGUUGGCCACAACACCGCCCAACAUUAUUUGACCGACUCCGCUGCGCUACGGCGCUGCCGCCGCGGAGCAUGCGGUCUAAAGUUGCAACAUCAACGUCAACAACGUUAACACAUACAUACACACACACACCCCAAUCCCCCACCCAAAACUGGUAGCAGCAACGAAAGCUCGCCAAUUGCUAGUAUGUAGAAACCUAGUUUUAGCUGAGUCUUUGUGAAUUUGUGUUUUCUAUUUUUGUUGCUUGUUUCUGUUUCUGUUUCUGUUUUCCCCUCGGACUGUGCUCGAACUAUUGAUUUUGAAUACUUGUGGUAUUUACUUAUGUACAUAUAUAUGAAGAUAACUUUUAACUGCAACUAAAAAUAAAUAAAAGUCAAAUUGUUCCUAUGAACUUUUUAUAUGAGUAUGUUUGAUUAGAUCGCCAAGAGAGACAAGUCCAGCAAAGUCCAGUCUUGUACUUCUGGAUGAAUACAUCGAGGAAGAACAAUGAAGAAGAAGUUUUUGUUUAAAAAACAAUACGAGAAGCCAGAUAUAUAAAAGUCGCUGAGCUUUCAGCCGAUACCAUUAUCAAAAUCAAUUGUUUAAUUGCAGCGCCUUAAUUGCUUCUAAGUUCUUAGUGCUUUAUAUAUAGUUGAGGCAAUCCAAAUUGACCCGAUCUUGUGUAAUA